AUGCCUACGCCCGCGCCAGCCGAACGAACACACACUACCUCAGGGCGACGAAGGGCUCAAAAUCGUGCCGCUCAACGUGCGUUUCGAGAGCGGAAAGAGAAGCACGCCCGAGAUCUUGAAGCGCAGCUUACGGUCUUGAACGAGAGAUACACUAAGCUCGAAGUAUCGCAUACGGAGCUUAACGCGGCCUACGAAAAGCUUCGAAAGACCAUCGAGCUUCUUACACAGGACGACGACGCGGAGGGUGAGGAUGAUGAGGGUACAGUCACGCGCAGGCGAGGGAGCAAUUCGGAUACCCUCCGCAAGCUCCUGGAUAUACUACAUGGGGAAUUCAAGGGUACGGUACCCGUAAAGACAGAGAUAUCCUAG